AGCCGGGUGAUGUCACACAGCUCGGCAGGGUGCUGGCUUGUAUAGCGGCUGCAGACGAUGCUUUCACACCACAACAACGGACCACCCUGCAAUGUUUUCCUCCUCCAGGUCUUCCCGGGCUUUCUGGAUUCUCUCAAGCUGCCAUUCCAAUAGAAGACUGAGAUCGCGAUGUCCAGAUGACAAGCAGCACAUCCUGUAGGAGACAACCAUUCCAAUGCUCAUCAUGUACACAGGGCAUACAGCCUCGUGCCUGUGUCUAGCUCUUGUGAUCUUUUGCCAUGUCGUUGUCUGUGAGGCCAACCGAGAAAAUGUGCCCACUGUGACCCAAGAGAAUGCAUCCAGAGGUACGGGCACCAGCCAAAGGCCAGAGACAACGAAUCGUAUCCUGCCAGCAGAUUCCGCUCAUCAGCCAUCUAAUGCCAUCACCAGGAGAUACGGAGGAUCGACCACGCCAAUUUCAUCCACGACAAUUAGCCGUGGAGGGACCAAGUCAGUGAUCCCGACAUCGAUCCCACCCGUUACAGAUGAUGCUCAGCCUUCCGGGGACACCUCUACUUCAUCCACAGACAGUGGGCAGUCUGCCAGCCAGGAUAGUGUGUCCGUGGAAGGCAGCCCUGUGACACUAAUGCCCAGCAAUGUGCAGUCAUCUUCCAUGGUUACGAGGGUUCAGCCUGUCAGCAGUCAACCCACGCCAACCCCUACAAAAACCCUGCAGUUGGAGCCAAGUAGUGUUGUUAAAGUUCAACCCACCCCAAGUCAGAUCGAUGCAUCUCAGGGGCCGUUAAGCUCUACAAAUUGGCUUCUUCAACCCACUCCUUCGACAGCGGUGCUUCUUAUUUCACGGUUGCAGCCUCAGCCAACUCCUGCUGUCCUGCCUAUUCAGUCGAGUGACAGGCCUGAUGUCAAACCUACUCCAACUGUUGAUGUACGGAUUCAGUCAGGAGAGAGCAGCAGAACUAUUCCGGGACAGGCAAGCCCUUCACAAAUGUUGCAGCCAGACAUGACUACACAAGCAGCUCUGCCAUCAACUGUUUCUCCUGUGGAUAGUGCAAGCAUCAGUGUAGUUGUUUCUCCACCUCGACUUCCAACAGACAGACAACCAUCACAAGAAGAUGGAUCAGCAACUACCGUGGGUCCGAUAGUUUCGACACCUGUGAUGGAUCCACCUGUGAGCAGACAAAUGGGGAAUGGGGGAAACAGUGGUCCAUACGAGAGCACUUCUACAGGGCCUACAACACAGAAACCAGCCUCACAGACUCCACAACCAGAGCCUGAACCUGAGCCUGAACCAGAACCUGAGCCCAGUGCAACUCCUACCUCAGGCUCACCAAGUGAAUCGUCCACAACCCAGCAGGCUGCAACCCCGCCCAGAGGACAGUCUCAAACUCCAGAAUCUGAACCAUCUCCAACCCCAGAAGUAGUCCCGUCCACUACACCAAAGGCAGAACAAUCUCCGACUCCUGAGCAAAACCCUCCGCAAGUCCCAGAGGCAGAGCCUUCCCCCACACCCGAGACCAGCUCACCUCAAAAUAGUCAAAUUCCAGCUGCAGAACCGUCCCCAACCCCACAGACCGACCCUCCUCAAAUUCCCGUCGCAGAACCAUCCCUCACCCCAGACAUCAACCCUCCUCAGAUUCCCAAUGCUGAACCAUCCCCAACCCCAGAGACCAACCCUCCUCAAAUUCCAAACGCUGAACCAUCCCCCACUUCUGAAAAUUACCCUCCUCCAGUCCCAGAGACGGAGCCAUCUCCCACCGCAGAGAGAGCCCCUCCAUGGAAACCCAAUCCCAAUCUAGAGUGGACGCCAAAAGCUGAGCCGGAAGCAGAGCCCACGGGUGAGCCGAACGAUCCAUUCGGAAUGGGCUGGGACCACAUACCCUGGGCCGAGCCUGAACCUAAGUGGGACGAGGCCAAGGACACCUGGCGGUUCUGGUGGUUCGUCCACAUCUACACCAUCGGUGGUCUGUUUGCUCUGCUUGCUCUUUACUCCCUCGUCAGCAUGGUCAGACUUACCAGGAAGCAUCUGCUGAGUAUGGGAUAUUUCUUAGCGCUGAACUUCCUCAUGCUCCUGAUGGGUGCAUCGCGGGCAGUCUACAUGUUUGUGGAUGCGUAUAACUCCCUGAAGCUGCUCCAUCCAGCGCUGUCCUACUUCCUGUUCAGCGUCGGUUUCCCGUGCAUGACCUCUGCGUUCUGCCUGCUGUAUUUGGCCCUACUACAGACCACGAAGAUGCAGGCGAUGUCACCCAAAGUCUACCAGACCUGCGUGAUGGUCUCCAUCAUCGUUCUCCACUUCGGGCUGUCGGUUGCAACGGAUCUCAUCAUCGGGUUCCUCGGGACGGCAAAGAUCCUCAUGCUGGUGUGCCAGGGCGUGUUUGCCAUCUGGGGCAUCAUCCUGGCCUUCUCCUACUUCUUCAUCUUCAGGAGACUGUACCGCAGCGCCAGGCACAGGAUGAAGGAACUGCAGCGCAUGAGCCUCAGCAAGUCCAAGCUGCCGGGGAUAAACCCCAUCAAGAAGAAGGCGAAAACCCGCCUGGGAACUGCCGUCAAAGUGACCCUAGUCACCGCGAUUUUGGGGCUGCUGUGCUCCUUACUUCAGGUGUAUGCCAUGGUGGAAGUGUUUGGGAUAUUCUACAAGCAGCCGGAACCGUGGCCCUGGUGGGGCUUCCAGACGGCGUUCCGCCUGUGCGAGUUCUUCAUGUGCGUCACGAUGAGUUACGUGGCAACGCAGCCGUUCCGCUUCCACAAGGACGGGCGCCCUCGCGACCCCUGCUACGGCAGAUGCUGCUACUGCUGUUACAGGUGUUGUUACAGAGGGGAGAAGAUUGAGCUGGAUCUGCCGGAUGGCAACGCCCACCACUACAGCGAGUUCUCGUGCAUGACGCACAGCGACGGCAACCUGGGCAACAUCCACAACCCCCAGGGGACCAAAGACAUCGCGGAGAUGAUUCCCAUGAUCACCAUGGCUCCCAGCGACGUGCAGGGCUCCAUCUCUCAGGCAAGCAUCAUCGUCGAGGACAAUCCCACCACUGACGAUGAGAUACUGGAGAACAUAGAGGUGCAGACUCUCACCACCACCUACGAUAACUUUGCCAGCAGUGAGCAGGACACCAGAGAUGAGGAGGAGUAUGAGGAAGACCUGGAGGCUCAGACCGGGUCAGAGGCAGAGGGGACGUCCAACACCACCAGUCCACAACACUACGCCACUGACGUGGACAGCCCCCGGCAUUAUGUGGACAUGGAGACUUCAGAGGAGUACCUUGAUGCUGAUAGUUCUCGUCAGGCGUCCAACUUCGACAGUCCGGCGCACUAUGCGGAUGUGGACAGUCCCCAGCACGUGGUGGACAUCGAAAUCUUCCAACGUGACUCAGAUGAGACACCCAGUGAGUCUAACAGUAACUCACCUAGUAAUUCACUUAUAGAUGCUCCCCUGCUAGAUGGCAACUUGGACUUUGAGCCACCCUCUCCGUUAAACUUCAGACGGAGUAUAGAUAAUGUCUUCACAAACAUGUACACACCAGCGAAAAGCCGCAGCACGUUUAGCUUAGGAGUCACCUUGCGAGACUUUGGGUCGGGUAAGAGUGACUCUGAUGGCGAAACCUCUCUUUUGACACUUAGUACGACUGAUAACAAGGGCGGUGACAGCACUGGACCCUCCUCAGAAACCCAGUCCCCUUCCAAAAGCAGAUCCAUGACCGAGCUUGGGGCCGUCGGGGGAAAUCCCAAGUACAAAAAGAAUCCGGUGGGAGGCGCGAAAAACAAGCCGAAAAUUCUGACAUCCUUGCCCAAGUUCUCCAGGUCCAGCCUUUCUCUGGGGUCCAACCCCUCCAAGCAGGGGUAUUCACAGUUAGAUGGAGAGGACUCGCAAAGUGGGGAGAGCAGCAGACAGGACACCCUGCGCAGAAGCUUCAGCGAUCCUCAGAGGAGGGAGAGAGAUGAGAUGUACGACCGGGGGGAGGGGGAGGGGCAGGAGAGUCAGGCCCUGAGUGGAGAGCCUCUGUCCUCCCCAGUCAGCGUUCAGGCUGAACUGGGACACGUCUGUGAUGCCAUCAACGGAUUUGCAAUAGAAAAGGAUGUUAUAGACUUGUGAAGCCCCACUUUAAUGUUGCUCCGUUGUGCCAAUCAUCAUCAUCAUGCACAUCAAUAAGGGUUAGGCACCCGGGUUAAAUACUGCAUUGUUUGAUUGAGAAUAAGUGAAACAGUGUCUAAAAAGUGAGAUAAUUCAGAUAGUAGCCACUGUCUUUCCUCAGUGACUGACAAAUGAUGAAAGACAGAUUUUAUUUUUCAAACACUGGUGAAAUCUAGUGGAUGCUUUUGUAGAGACUUCAUCCAGUUUCUUUAUUCUCUUAACAUCAUGCACAUUUACAAGCAAACAGUCUGUAAACCACAGUGCUAUCAACUUGAGUGCAAUUAAUUACAAAAUACACCAUCAGACAUUUUAAAAUCUCAGGUCACAGAGGUGUAGCACAAGACGGUGGAAAGAUUGAAGGAGAACAUUUUAAAUUUUGUUGACUACCAGUUACAUGUAAAUAAGGAGGUCUCAUGUUGAAGUCAUGAUUUUGUGAUUUUAUUGUUUUUAAGUGUGUGGAGAAUAUGUUGCACUUGAAUGGGACCUGAGGACUGUGAAAAGUUAUUCAAAGCCACAAGUGGUACAUUUUUAAGGAAAUGAUGUAACUGCUGUUUAAGUACCUUAUGUGAUGUGAAAGAAGCUAAUUGCUGUGAAGUUGCAUACUUAUUUACAUUCGAAGACAACAUGCCAGAAGAUUGGAGAGAGGAAGAGUCAUGUUUUGUAACUUUGUAAUCUUGGGUAAAGACAGUUAUAGCUGAAGGUACUUAGGAUGUGUCUGUACAUAUUACAAUAGUUGAAGCUAAGUCAUGGAACCAUAGGAAGUGAGCCAUUGUGUACAGUUCAGUAUCAUAGUUGCCAAGAGGAUGACUUGGGAAAGUAUAUAAAAGUGACAGGGGAAGCACAAAGGUGUGUUCCCUAUACAGUUUUUUUCCAUGCUUUGUAUGGUAGCUAGAUCUGUAAUGACAUACAUUUAUUAACUUACUAGUUAAGGUAACAG